UUUUACUCAUAUGAAAGAAAAAGAGAGAGAUAGAAAAGAAAUUAGGAUGAGUGGUGUUUAGUAGAUCCUAUGGAGAAACUAUAGAGAAAACAAUUCACAAUGUUAUUGAUUUUUUAGUUUCAUUAUACCUUUGUUUUUGUUUUUGUUUUAAUCUUUUACUUCUUUUCGACAAAGAGAGAAAAAAAGAAGAAGAACAAGAAGAAAGAAUAUGGCAGGGCUUGAUUUCGAGGAACGAGGUCACUCAUUUGCAAGAGCAUCAAAUGCAGAAUGGGUGGAAGAAGACGAAGAAGAUCUUCAAAUGUAUGCACUCUUACGGUUGCCUACGACGAAGCGCAUGAAUUUGGCACUUAUGAGGAAACCAUCUUCGGAACUUCUUAACUCGUCACUUUCAGAAUCUAAGAAAAAUAGAAUGGAACAAAUUGAUGUAAGAAAGCUGAAUCGCAUUUAUCGCGAACAUCUUGUUAAGGAUGCUUUGGCUACUAACGAACAAGAUAACUAUAAGCUUCUUUCCGCCAUCAAAGAACGAUUCAAAAGGGUUGGCUUGGAAGUGCCUAGCAUUGAAGUAAAAUUCAGAAACUUGAAAAUUGGAGCUAAUGUUAAAACCGGGACAAGAGCUUUACCAACUUUGAUUAAUUACACACGAGAUGCUCUUGAGGGUUGUUUAAAUGGUUUGGGGAUAAGUAAACCUAAAAGACAUUCUUUGACGAUCUUAAAUGAUAUCAACGGCGUUAUCAAACCUGGAAGGAUGACAUUGUUGUUAGGACCUCCGGGAUCUGGCAAAACUACUUUGCUUUUGGCACUUGCUGGAAAACUUGAUAAAGAACUCAAGACAAGUGGUAGUAUAACAUACAACGGAGAAGAGCAAGACCAGUUUUGUAUUCAAAGGGCUUCAGCAUACAUUAGCCAAGUUGAUAAUCACACCGGAGAAUUAACUGUGAGAGAAACUUUUGAUUUUGCAAAUCGAUGUCAAGGUUCAAGCGAUGCAGAGUUAUUGAAAACUUUGGAAAGCUUAGAAAAGGAAAAAAAGGUGCUGCCAAGUCCAGAGAUUGAUGCAUUUAUGAAGGCAACAUCUGUUGGUGGCAAAAGGCACAAUGUGAUGACAGAUUAUAUUUUGAAAGUGCUUGGUCUUGAUGUAUGUGCCGAUACCGUCGUUGGUAGUGAUAUGAUAAGAGGGAUAUCCGGUGGCCAAAAGAAGAGAGUAACGACAGGAGAAAUGAUUGUUGGACCAAGAAAAGCUUUGUUUAUGGAUGAAAUAUCAACUGGACUUGAUAGUUCUACCACUUUCCAAAUAGUAAAAUGUUUAAGAAACUUUGUUCAUCAAAUGGAAGCUACUGUACUAAUGGCUCUUCUUCAACCUGCGCCCGAGACAUUUGAGCUUUUCGAUGAUCUAAUACUUUUAUCAGAUGGAUAUAUAGUAUAUCAAGGCCCUGUAGAAAAUGUAGUAGAGUUUUUUGAAUCAUUAAGUUUCAAACUUCCACCGCGCAAGGGAGUUGCAGAUUUUCUUCAAGAGGUAACAUCUAAAAAAGAUCAAGCACAAUAUUGGGCCGAUUCUUCAAAGCCAUAUAAAUUUAUUUCUGUACCAGAGAUUACAGAAGCCUUCAGAAAUUCAAAAUUUGGAAAGUCUAUGGAAGCCAUAUAUACUGCUCCUUAUGAUAAAUCAAAAAGUCCUUCAACUUUGCCCAAAUCAAAUUUCGCUGUCUCGAGUUGGAAUCUUUUCAAGGCUUGUUUGUCGCGAGAAUUGACCUUGCUCAACAGAAAUAGAUUUCUUUACAUUUUCAGGACUUGUCAGGUUGCACUUGUUGGAAUUAUCACAUCCACAAUGUUCCUACAAAUAAAAAACUAUCCGAAGAACGAAGAAUUUGGCAUUCUCUACCAAUCCGCGCUAUUUUAUGCACUCGUGCACAUGUUGUUUAACGGAACUACCGAGCUGUCACUUUUGAUAAUCCGGCUCCCCGUCUUCUAUUCACAAAGAGGAAAUUUAUUUUAUCCAGCAUGGACCUGGACAUUAUCCUCAUGGCUUCUUCAAGUACCUUAUUCCAUUGUUGAAGCUGUUGUGUGGACUUGUGUUGUGUACUACAGUAUUGGAUUUGCUCCUUCUGUUGGGAGGUUUCUUACUUUACAUUCAUACUUUAUCAUGUUUUUUUUCCUUCCUUUCUUAUUUUUAAAACUGAUAUACACUUCGCAAUCCGAUUAUUAUUUCAGAUUCGGACGCUACAUGCUUCUGUUGUUAAUGUUGCACCAAAUGGCAUUAAGUCUCUUCCGAUUUAUGGCUUCUAUUGGACGCGAUAUGAUCAUUGGUAAUACAGCAGGAGCGGGUGUGCUGAUGAUUUUAUUCUUAUUGGGAGGAUUUAUCGUCCCACUAGGAAUGAUUAAGCCAUGGUGGGUUUGGGCUUACUGGUUAUCACCUCUUAACUAUGCACAAAGAGCAGUUUCAGUUAACGAAUUUACCGCUACGAGAUGGAUGCAGCCUUCGGCUUUUGGGAAAGACACGGUUGGUCACAAUAUACUCAGGACAUUCGAUUUACCAGUCGAGGAUUACUGGUAUUGGAUUAGUAUGGGAAUUUUACUAGUCUACACAAUCCUUUUCAACAUCUUGACCACUUGGGCGCUGGCUUGCUUGAACCCACUGAAAGAACCAAGAGCAAUUAUUGAAAAUGAGGAUGAAGACACAGAAAAGAGUUCUGAUAGAGAUGACAAUGAACCACAAAAAAGGUCAAAAUCUACAAACGGAGAGAACAAAAACAAGGGAUUGAUUCUUCCGUUUCAACCAUUGACAAUGACAUUCCACAAUGUUAAUUACUACGUUGAUAUGCCAAAGGCUUUAAGACAACAAGGUGUAACAGAAACUAGGUUGAAGCUUUUGGCAAAUGUGAGUGGUGUUUUUGCACCUGGUGUACUUACAGCGUUAAUGGGAUCAAGUGGAGCUGGGAAAACGACUUUAAUGGACGUGCUUGCAGGAAGAAAAACCGGAGGUUAUAUCGAGGGCGAUGUUAAAAUAUCUGGUUAUCCAAAAGUGCAACACACAUUUGCAAGAAUAGCGGGAUAUGUUGAACAAAAUGACAUACAUUCUCCCGAAAUGACAGUUCAGGAAUCUCUGUGGUUUUCCGCGUCACUAAGGCUUCCGAAGGAUGUAACCAAAGAAAAAAAGCAAGAAUUUGUCGAACAGGUCAUGAAACUAGUAGAACUCGAGAGUUUAAGAAAUGCUAUAGUUGGAAUGCCUGGCACUUCCGGCUUAUCAACCGAGCAGAGGAAGAGAUUGACGAUCGCAGUGGAGCUUGUAGCAAACCCUUCUAUAAUUUUCAUGGAUGAACCUACAUCCGGACUUGAUGCACGCGCAGCUGCCAUUGUUAUGAGAACUGUUCGCAAUACGGUUGAUACCGGAAGAACUGUGGUUUGUACCAUACAUCAGCCAAGUAUUGACAUAUUCGAAGCAUUUGAUGAGUUACUUCUUAUGAAACGUGGAGGACAAGUUAUAUAUGGGGGGAAGAUCGGUAAUCAAUCAAGCGUGAUGAUAAGUUAUUUUCAGAGUAUGAAGGGAAUCUCCCCGAUUUCCAGUGGCUACAAUCCAGCUACUUGGAUGCUUGAGGUUACAACACCUGCUAUUGAAGAGAAAAUCGGUGUAGAUUUUGCAGAUGUUUACGACAAAUCGGACCAAUUCAAGUCCGUGGAAGCUGCUAUUAAGCAAUAUGAACAACCUUCUCCUGGUUCAAAACCAUUAAAGUUUGACACAUUAUAUUCACAAAAUACAUGGUCACAAUUUGUCAAGUGUUUAUGGAAGCAGAGAAUUCUGUACUGGAGAAAUCCACCAUACAAUGCAAUAAGGAUGAUCUUUACAAUAUUGGCCGCAUUGGUGUUAGGUUCAAUAUUUUGGCAGGUCGGCGCAAAAAGGGAAACAACUCAACAAGUUUUGGUAAUUAUGGGCGCAUUGUUUUCUUCGUUAUUGUUCCUCGGGGUGAAAAACGCGUCUUCUGUACAACCAGUUGUUUCGACCGAAAGAACAGUUUUUUAUAGAGAGAAAGCAGCUGGAAUGUACUCUCCAAUUGCCUUUGCAGCAGCACAGGGGCUGGUGGAAAUUCCAUAUCAAAUUCUGCAGACAAUAGUAUUUGGUGUAAUUACAUAUUUCAUGAUGGGUUUCGACAAUAAUCUUAGAAAGUUUAUACUAUAUCUCGUCUUCAUGUUCCUGACAUUUACCUAUUUCACGUUCUACGGUAUCAUGUGUGUCGGUCUUACACCUACCCUACAUUUGUCAGCUGUUGCUUCUUCUGCAUUUUACUCUCUAUGGAAUCUCGUCGCAGGUUUCAUCAUUCCAAAAGUGUAUAUUCCUAAAUAUUGGCUCUGGUUCCAUUAUCUCUGCCCGGUUUCAUGGACACUACGCGGUGUUAUAACAUCUCAGUUUGGUGAUAUGCAAGAUGUAAUUGUGGGGCCAGGAUUUAAGGGCACUGUGAAAGAGUAUAUAGCUGCUUCUCUUGGGUAUGAAGAUACAAUUAAUGGAGUUUCAGCUGUGGGGGUGUCAGCAAUUGUGCUUAUUGUCUUCACCUUAUUCUUCUUUGCUACCUUUGCUGUAUCAGUUAGAGUAUUGAAUUUCCAAAGUAGAUGA